AUGCGCUCUCCUCCGGCGUACAUGAACUACCAUCCUCCACCCGUCAACGGUCACGUUCCUCCCGUCUACGCACAGCAUUAUCCACCACCAUGGUACAAUGGCUAUCCGCAAAUGCACCCACCACCUCCUGGUGGUCCUAUGCCACCAGGCCCUCCUCCUCCUCGCCCUUAUCAACCUUCAUACGCUCAUGCUCCGCUGAUAGUCUCAUCCUACCCACACACGCAGCCGAUCCCGGCACCUAUGCAUGUCUCGUCAAGUGGAUUUCCCCGGCCACCAUCGACAGCAUCAACACCGAUUCAGUCUACAAUGUCUCCUCCACCCCCCGCUAUCCCAGCCCAUAUCUCUAUUGAUGGCCAGGAACCACCGACACUAAAUGGCGUGGUCUCAUCUCCGCCCAUCGCAGAAAUACAAAAAAGUAGUCUACACGCACCUCUGCCCUUCCGUGCACCGCUUCCUUGGCUCUCUGUACCGGAUGAGCCCUUUCCCAUUCGUGCUCCACAUCGGCGUCGUAGUGGGCGCUCCUUACAGACCUCGGCUAUUUCUGUUGAAUUUCCUGCAAAGGAGACUCAAAAGAUAGAUAUAUCUCAAACAGAUGAGAUACCGACAACUGUGCAAAGUGAAUAUAUCGACACAUCAGGCCCUGGCCUCUCCGAGCCACAGACGCCCACGACGUCGCAGGCACCAUCGGAGUCCGACUCGACCCAUCCCACCACACCUUCAUCUACUGCUCCGGCUUCCCGUUCUCGUACUCAAGCUCAGACUCCCAAGCAGGCUGUACCAGUGGUUCCAGUGGUCCCUAUAGUCCCUGCAGCGCCUACCACACCAAAGCAAUCUACUACCCCUCAAACCGCGGGAGAGGGCCAGGCGACUGAUGUAAAGAGCGAAGCCGAAGAUGUGGGAACACCUUGUCAUAGUUCCGCAAACACCACUCCUGCAGCCCCAAAGUCAUGGGCUGAUUUGGUACGUUCCAAAGCCGCAUCUCGCGGUGCUAGCAUUGCUCCGAACACGACAGUCGAGACAGGAAAUCUGCAGACUCGUCGAAAUGAGUCACUUGGUGACGUUUUGACGGGCCUUGGAUCUGACGUCGAUCAAUAUGGCGAAAAGAUUGCAUUUUUAGAACCAAGGGGCCUUGUCAACACAGGAAACAUGUGUUACAUGAACUCGGUGCUCCAAAUCUUGACAUUUUGCGUACCAUUCUACCAGUUUCUGGACCACAUAGGCCGUCGCGCAGUUCAUAGUUUCAAGAGCGACGUGCCGUUGAUUGAUGCAACGAUCAUGUUCAUGAGGGAAUUCAGAGUAAUCGACGCGGCUCGGUCAGAAGACCAACUUCGCAUGCGACUCAAACAUAAGGAACUAGAAGAAUACGGAGAAGCAUUCAUACCGGAAUUUGUGUAUGAAAUCAUUCGCCAGCUCCCACGCUUUCGUGACAUGAGGCGCGGUCAUCAACAGGAUGCCCAGGAAUUUCUGGGUUUCUUCCUGGAGGAACUUCACGAAGAAUGUGCUCACGCUUUGCAAAGUGGCACUGCCCAAGCGUCAGCAGAGACCUUAUCUUCAGAAGCUGAUGGAUGGCUUGAGGUCGGCCAUAAGCAGAAGGCCGCUAUUACUCGAUCAUCGGGCGAUGUUGAGUUUGAAUCGCCCAUCACUAAAAUAUUUGGAGGAAAGAUUCGUUCGGAAUUCAAAGUUCCUGGGAACAAAAAUUCAGUGACGUUGGAACCUUAUCAACCUCUACAGCUAGACAUUGGAUCUCCUGAAGUCAACAACAUCAUUGACGCUUUGAGAGGUCUUACCAAACCCGAAACUAUCCAUGGCGAUUUCAGCUCUCCCAGAGGUCCCAAAGUUGCUGCCACAAAACAGGUUUUCAUUGAAACAUUGCCUCCUGUGCUUAUUCUUCACUUGAAACGUUUCCAGUACGAUAGCGUCACCAGGGGCACGCAGAAGAUCUGGAAGAAGGUCGGAUAUCCGCUGGAUCUGGAAAUACCUCGCGAGGUUUUCCCACCCCAUCGACGUAAUGCGAUGGCAAUUCACGGCGGACUUCCGCACUACCGACUUGUUGGUGUCAUCUACCACCAUGGAAAAAAUGCCAGCGGCGGGCAUUACACAGUGGAUGUAAGACGCCAAGAUGGCCGCGAAUGGAUUCGGAUGGACGACACUGUCAUUCGUCGUGUACGCAGUGAGGAUGUUGCAGAAGCAGGAAGCGAGGAAGAUCCAAAAGUUCUCGCGGCGGCUUUGGAGCAGCACAAACGCGACAACAAUCCGAAUAUAUACGAACAGAUUGAUCAAGAUAAUCAACUUGAUGAUGAGAGAGGAUGGAGUCAAGUCAACGGGUCCGGAACAGGUGGGCAUUCAAGCAAGAAAUCUAGCAGCGCUGUCGCAAAUGGCGUAUCGUCACCUGCAACCUCAUCGAAUUCUCCCGGCAGCAGGACGCCCAUUGGGAGAUACGGGACUCGCGACAAUAAAGUAGCAUAUCUACUCUUCUACCAACGUGUUUCUUCGCCCUGA